CUGAAUUGUAAUGUGAAUUUGUUGCCCAUGUUGCAGGUUACCAUUGGUAAUCAUCAUUGGACUCUAAGUCUUCAGUUCUAUUGAUUUAUAACAGAUCUCAUACAGCUGCAGCACAACAACACAUCAAAUACACAACAGGACCACAGUAAUUAGCAGGGCCAGAGGUUGGGCACAAACAGCCGGAGCACCACCAUCAUGCAAACUGAAGACAAUGUCCUACCUCCUACUCAGCUGAGUGAGGACACUGCAGUGUGCAUUUCUGUGAAAGGCUUGAAGGAAAGCUGGCAGAAGUGGUCUGAUGAGCAUCAGGAAUAUCAGAAGCACAACCCCUUCACUCAAGACACCAGGCCCAGUGUGGUGGUCCCUCAGAGGGGCCAGGAUGACUAUGGUAGGCCCCUGCAGGGCUCCAUGACAGAGCAGCGCGGGAAGGAUGCUUGCACACAUAUCAGCAGAGAGGUUCAGGAGCUGUGUGAGGUGAUAAGGAUGAUUGGAGAGCGAAGAGAUAAAGGUGGAAGCAACAGCAAAUGGAAAGUGAUCACUGUAGAAUUUGGGAAACUGUUUGAACAUUAUGUGACUAUCUCUAAUAAGCUGGUGGGGAUUCUUCUACGAGCGAGAAAGCAGAGGCUGGUUGACUUUGAGGGGGAGAUGUUGUGGCAGGGAAAGGAUGACCAAGUGGUUAUCACUCUGAUGCAGUGACCAGAAACUCAUGUUACAUCUACAGUGGUAGGUACAGGGCUACUUCAAGGUAUCACUGACUGUAAUAAAUAAAUAGUUUGAGGAUUGUACUAAUUAUACUUGUCAUGUAUUUGCAUUUGUAAAAAAUAAAAGCU